UAGGAGAGAAGUACUUUGACACCCGGGCGACAUGGCAGAUACCUACGGGUGCCCACUAAAAAAUACAUCAAAUCUGCCAAACUAACAAACACACGUGUUUAAAUCUACAGUACCCUCCCCCACAGUUAAAAACCACCCAAUGGUCUAAGUUUCCGCGAGUUAACUAAUAAAAAAAAAAAUGUAAAUUUAUAGUUUAGUACCUACUUACCUACCGAUAUUUACCUACCGUAUUUACUACCAAUUUUUCGUAUACUUACAGGAUCCUCCGAACAUGAUCAAAAUUGCAAAAGUAUUGAAGAUUAAACUCAGUAUAAUAUUUAUUGUUUAUAUUAUAAUUAAACGAUGGUUAAUAAUACAAUUAUUAAUGUUAUAUUAUUGUUAUUAUUAUUAUAUUAUUCGUCGUUACAAACCAUCAUUAGUUUAUUGAUUAUAAUAAUACAUUUUUCUUUUCUGUUUUCGACUUUGAUGAUAAAUUAGAAACUUUUCUGUAUCAAAUCCUUGGUAUUAUAAUUUUGUCUCGACUACCAUAUAAACUGCAAUCACUAUUUUUUUAUUGCAACAGCAGCAUCAGCUUAUACAAAAUACUCAACAUUUAAAUAAAUACCUAGGUAAUCAAUGAAAACAAAAAUUAUUUUUUAUUUCCAGUCACUAUAGUUGCAUCAUAUUAUUUAUAUUAAAUAAUAUCAUCUAGGUAUUUUUAAUAACAACCUAAUAAUAAUCACUGCAGAUUAUUGGUUUUUUGGAAACAUAAUAUUUUUAAUCGUAUAAGUAAUAUUUUUAUUUAUUACGUAUUGACAAAAUAAAAAUAAUAUAAUCGAUGAUUUAGAGUACUUAUAUUAAUUCGUAUUGGCCAUGUCAUCGUUUGACAAAAACAAUUGUUCUCAAUGUCAAAAUAAAAAAACAAUUAAAUUUAAUAACUCUAAAAAACGGCAACCAACUGCUUCAUUCACAGCUAAUAAUUUUGACUACAAUAUUCCUUCUACUUCAACUGCUCAAUACGACCGACCAUCCAGUCCAGAAGACGUCAGUUGUGUUAAUAUCAGAAACAUGGUUUUUUUGAAAAAUUUAUACAAAAAUGUUCCCGAAUUAUCAAAACAGUUUCUGGAAGGGGUAGAUUGUGCUGUUAUCAAAAUAUUGCAAGAAAUCGAAGAAAACCACAAAUGUUGUGUAAAAAAAAAAUCAAACAAACAAACACUAAAACGACCACCUAAAUCAUAAUAAUAUUGAAAUGUGACUUUUUUCACAAAAUACGUUAAUGAAAUUUUCAAAUAAAUUAAUAAACAUUCAUUUUUUUAAGAAAACUGAUCAUACAAAAUGUUUUGGUUAUAUUCUUGAAUUUAAAAAAAGUUGAUCGCCAUUUCAAAAAUAUUCUUAUGACCAUCUGUAGUAUAAAUUUUGACAAAAUUGGAAAUUCACAGAUAAAAAAAUCGAUUUUUCAUUAAUUUUUUUGCUAUUUUGUUGUAAGUACUUAAAAAGUAUUAAUCGUAGAAACUUGAAACAUAUUUUUUUGGCUACAACUCAUUUACGCACA